GAUAACAUACGUUUUAAUGAAACUUGUGGCGAAUUUUAAGUUUGUAAAGUGAAAAUUAACAUCUUUUACCAAACAAAUGUCAUAAUUACAAAUUAAAAUAUUGGCUUGAGUAAAAUAAUCCCAGUUGGUAUUCACGUCCAUGGCGUGUACACAACCACAAAAGUCUUAAAACAGUGAUGGUCUGGAGUUAUGGUACCCAGACCUGCACAAACCGUAAGCAGGAGCCUGAUUGUAGGACGAUUCGCACAGAUUGGGGAGCUCCACUUGUUGAACUAACUACAACCAAUGAGACAAAGAAGUAUGUUCUGGUGAUGGUUGAUCCCCAUGCCCCAAGUCCGUCUAACCCGACAUACACACCUGGAGGCACUGGCUGGUCACAAACAUUGAGACAGCAGCCCCCAUAUGGUAGCCAAAAACAAUUUCCCGAAGGCCAGGGAAACCAUGGCUUCACUGUGAGAACAAAGAACCACUGAGUGGUGCCUGGCUGUGUAGAUUGGUGCAGGUAGAGGAGCACAUUGGAGCCCGGCUAAUGAUGAGAGUGUCUGCCCUCUCUCUUCGAGCAGACGCAAGCUGCUGCUUCACGCUCGCUCACGCUACUCAUACGCCCAGGGAAACAGAUUUCCAAACAUAUGCACUGUUUUUAAUCCAGUUGAGCACUUCAUUUUUUCAGCAAACACAAAUAACCUUACGGGACAUCCAUAUAUUAU